GGUAGUUCUUGUGCAAUAGCCGAGGGUUCCGAUCACAUCCACCAUCUUGAAUUUGGAAAUCGUAAAUUUUAUUUCGAAAUACAGAAGAAUUUGCAGAUUCAGGAUGGGGAACAUUCACACCGUAGGUCCUAAUGAAGCCCUUGUUAUAUCAGGUGGCUGUUGUGGGCAGACUGGACGUAGCUUAAUCGUAGGAGGAUGGGGUUGGGCCUGGUGGUGUGUGACAGAUUCUCAGAGAAUAUCUCUGGAGGUAAUGACCUUGAACCCGCAGUGCGAGAGUGUGGAGACGUCAGAGGGCGUACCAGUGACAGUGACGGGGGUUGCACAGUGUAAGAUUAUGAGGCAGCCAGAUAUACUGAAGACAGCUUGCGAACAGUUCCUGGGAAAGUCUGUUGAUCACAUACAGAGAGUCAUUCUGCAGACACUAGAGGGUCAUCUUAGAGCUAUCCUAGGUACAUUGAGUGUCGAGGCAAUUUACCAGGAUCGUGACCAAUUCGCUCAGCUGGUGAGGGAAGUUGCUUCCCCUGAUGUGGGUAAGAUGGGUAUAGAGAUUCUCAGCUUCACCAUCAAAGACAUCUACGACAACGUGGAAUACCUCUCCUCUCUCGGUAGGGCUCAGACAGCUAAUGUGAAACGUGACGCAGAUAUCGGUGUAGCCGAGGCAAACAGAGAUGCUGGUAUCAGGGAAGCUGAAUGUGAGAAAUUGCGCAUGGAUGCGAAAUACUCUGCUGACACCAAGAUCGCUGACUCUAAGAGAAUGUUUGAAAUGCAGAAAGCAGCAUUUGAUAUGGAAGUCAAUGCUAGAAGAGCAGAAUCACGAUUGGCGUACGAGUUGCAGAGUGCGAAGGAGAGACAGAAGAUCCGUGCUGAAGAGAUCGAGAUUGACGUGGUCGAGAGGAAGAAGUUGAUUGACAUUGAAGAGAAGGAAAUCCUCAGGAAGGAGAAGGAACUCAUGUCCACGGUGAAACGUCCUGCCGAGGCACAGGCUUACAAGGUCGAGACCAUUGCUGAAGGUCAAAGAACACAGACAGUGGAAGUUGCUAGAGCCGAGGCUGAGAAGAUUCGAUUGAUUGGUGGUGCUGAGGCCACAUCUAUUGAGGCUGUGGGUAAGGCAGAGGCAGAGAGGAUGAGACUUAAAGCUUCUGCUUACAAACAGUAUGGAGAUGCUGCCAUGCUCAGUCUGGUUCUUGAAACAUUACCCAAGAUUGCUGCUGAAGUUUCUGCCCCUCUGUCACGUACAGACGAGAUUGUACUGGUGGGAGAUGACCGUACAACCUCAGAAGUGAGCAGGCUUAUCAGUCAGUUACCCCCAGCAGUUCAGGCACUCACAGGGGUUGACCUUUCUAAGGUCUUGACAAAGGUUCCUGGAGCACAGACUUCGUAGACAGAGUAAGGUCAAGGUCACACAGUCACCUUGGAAACAGUUUUGAAGAAACCGUUAUCAGGGUCACUCAGUGAGCUCCAGUGUACAGAUAUUUCUCACAUGUUAACAUUGACAUAAUGUUUGAAACAAGGAAGUGUUAGAUAAUUAUGAAAGGCAGUUGUGGAAGGAAUCAGUUCAUCAUGUAGUCAAGAUCAUCUAACUGCUUUUGUAUACCUUGAUCACCCUUCUCUAGUAACGUAGACUAUUUGAUCGUAUGUUACAGAUCUGUCCAUUAGUGGAAUGUAGGGACGACAGUUUUCCCAAGCCCCGGUCAUUUUGUAAAGUGAGAUUUGAUUCUAUCAUGCAUUGGAUGAGUCUGUUUUUGUAUUGUAGAAGGAAACCUGUUACUUGUUAAAAUUUGAGAAAUACCUAAAGUGCAAUCAGGUGUUGUGUGUUUAUUUCCAAAAAUAAACUUCAUAAUUAUAAAUGCAUGAGAUUUUUAUGACAAUUUAAUAUACAUUUUUAUACCUUACAUAAUAUAAUGUAAUAUUGUUGUUGUCUACACAUUUUACUAUCCAAACUAUGUUCAUUAUAUAUACAUGUACACAUAUGUCAACAUAUGUAAGAUUUCAUGUUGACAUGAUAAGAACAAAUCAUCAAAAUUAAAUUUUACAUAGUAUAUGAAGUUUGGCAUUAAAUUCAAGUAUACACAGUGUUAACCAGAUGAAAGUAAACCUGUGUUGUGAGAUAACUACACACAACCUCCACUCAGAAAAUCCUUGUUUUGUUAAAGACUGACACAAAAACUCUUUUGGUGGUCAAAAAAGGAGCUCUAAUCUGAUGUAUUGUAUAGCAAUAUUAUAUAUGUAUUAAUCAAAAAACAUACAAAAUGAAAUAAACAGAUACAUUACAAUGUUCUUGCAAUUUUCUCCUGAAAUACCUCAUUUCUUCUUUCAGUCAGUGUGUUUUGUCUAGUUUUAUGUAGUUUUAAUAUAAGUUAUGACUAUUAUGUCGCAUAAUUCAGAACCGUGCUACAUUGGUAUAGUCAAAUUUACUACUUUUUUGAAAUAGAACAUGUUUACAAUAAAGCAUGGAUUCGCAUUUCUGGUUUUAUUCUCGUUGAAGCAUAUGUUUCCUACUGGAAAGAAGUUUCAAAUUAAUUUGUACAUAUGUUAAUUUGAUGAAGGUGAAAUAAUACUUAAAGUACCAAAAGUUUUCAGAAGUAUAUUAUAGAUUUUAUCUAAUAGACUGUGGUAUCUCCCAAGAUGUAUCUUCCUGUUUAAAACAAAUCUGAUAGCAAAAUAACUUGUUUAUUAUUGGGGUAUGGAGAUGUUAAUUUUUAAAAAAAAUUGAUCAAACUUAGAAUGGAAUUUUAUGAAUAAAAAUAUCCCAUAAUAUGUAAAAAAAAUGGCAGCAUGUGACUGUUUUCUGUAUUCUUUGUUAGUUAUGUCUGUAUAAGAUUUCUUUGUUAAGUUGUUUAAAUGUUUCUCUCAGCAUAUUCUUGUCAUUUUUUUUUUGUUAUUUAAUGCAGCAUUUGUCAGCAACCAUCAAUUGUCAUGAAUUGUCCAUUUAAUUCAACAAGUGGUGUCCGGUUAAAAGAAGAAAAACAACCUAAAAUAUUUGACAAUAUACUUUUUAAUUUGCUAGAAGAAUGGCAAACAAAUUAAGAACUGGUUACUGCUGGUCACAGAUUGGGGCUGAUAAUCUUCAUAUGUUUCUAAGACAACCAUCAGUAAAAAUCUGAAUGUAAUUGUUUUUAUGGCCAUAUGUAUUAAGUAUAUUGUAAAGAAAUCAAAAGAUAUUGUUAGAUUUUUUUCUUAAGUUUGAGGCUUUGUACACAAUCAUAUAUAUUGGCAGUUUCUGACAAAUGAUGAAUUUUCUGACAACAGCAUUUUAAACAGCAAAUCUGCGCACUUGUUAUUGUUGAUUUUAUUUUACGGUAAUGAAUUUAAUUGCAUUUACUAAAUUUUGAAAGGAAGUUUAAUAUUAAUGUUGAGUAUGAUGUUUCAAUGCAAUGUGUCUUAGUGUUUCUAUUUAUUUUUGCAAGUGUAGUUAGUGCAGUAGUUAGUCUAAAGACAAUCUUGAUUCAAGGCAGGCCUUCUAUGAGAAACUUGCAUUAAGUGUAGUAUCACAGAGUGCUAUAGUGAAAACACAAUAUAAAUGGUUCAUCAGUUAGGUUGCAUCUUAAAAAUAUACUGAUAAAAAAGACAUUUUUUACUGUAUUGGGAAUGUUAAUUUACAAGUAUUCUUUUAGUGAGGUCACACAAAUGGUUGUAAAUAACAGCUGGCCAGUCAACUCUUCCGAUCAGUUUAUUUUAUUUUUUAAGUUAUUCUAAAUUUGUGUUAUACAAAAUUUCUGAAUACACUUGGCAUGCUAGAUAUUUUAAUGUUUAACAUUUUGUACUAUUUUAAUGACACUAGCUUCAUUUUUGUACACAGCUUAGUCUUGUUCUAUUGAAGUCCCUGACUGCACCAGCAUGCACCCUGUGUCUUCAAUCUGUAUUUAAAAAGUCCAAACAUGUACCUCAUUAAAAUUGACAUUUAGUGUAGAAUUUUAGCUCGAAAACUUUCUAUAAAGUGACUGAUACUGUGUGCCUUAAACAUACUGUAUUUGCAUUGUGAACAAAUCUUUUUCACUAUUAAUAGAUAUAAACUUACCUCAACAAUCCAUAAGUCUUUUACACAUCUCUCUAAUAAUACUAGAAAACUUUGGGUCAUAAUAUUACAAAAUCCUUUAAAUAUAUGGGCAUGAACUUUCUUGGUUUGGGUCAAAUCGGCGAUUUCCUGGAGAUUUAAAUUCAUGGAUUUCAGCUUUUGAAGAUAAAAUGAUUAGGAAUUUUGUAUGUUAUGAUUUAAAGACGCUCGCUGCAGUUUCUUGUAUGAGGGAUGGGGCAAAAAUUUCCCAAUAAUAGAAUUUGUUCAAACUUCGUAUAUGAACACAGCCUCGUGUAAGAAACAGAAAAAUGCAAAAACAAUCAUAGGUCACCGUGCUUGUUUAGGAGUUAUCUGCCCUUAAAACUGGAUUUUUCUUCAAAUUUGUAUAUUCAAGGGCAGAUAACUCUUGAACAAGCAUGGUGACCUUCGAUUUUUCUUCAUAAUUCUGUUUCUAACAUGACAGUGUGUUCAUAUACAAAGUUUGAACAAAUUAUAUUAUUGGGAAAUUUUUGACCCAAAACUGCGGCAACUGUCCUUAAUUUCAUGGAAUGAUGGAACCUUGGAAAUCCCUGAAAAUUACUACCCUAUGAAUAUUAAUGAAUUCGUAGUAUGCAGUCAGUGGAUAUGGAUUUCAGUCAACCCCAAAAGUUUUUCAUCAUCUUUAUUAAAAAGUAUCGCAUGAAGAUAAGCAUAUUAAAGAAUAUUUUCUGUCAUAUAUUUAUUGUUUAAAGAGACUUUUUCUUACAAAAUGCUCAGUCAUUGCUGCCAAUUCAACAAACUGUAUACCUGCACAUCCGGCACUAAAAUAAGAAUGUUUCAAAGAAUUAAGCCAGGUCUUCUGCAACCAAAGAAAUACUGGUAUCCUAAAUCAUGACUGUUUUUUUUGGUUUUUUUUUUUCUUAAAGAAAGGUAACAUUGUAAUGUUAUGAAGCUGAAAUACUGUGCUUAUAAAAUGCAUUUGCUUUCAGAAAUCAUGUGUACUGGUAGUUUUUCUCUUCUUUUUUAUAUGAUUUAAUGUUUUACUUCGGUAUGGCAAAUAUUUACUGUAAAACACUUCAUUUUUUUGCAAGAACUUUUUUUCACUAAUAUUUGCAAGUUUAGCGCAAAUUUCAUCCCUUUCAAAUUUCAACUUUGUCACAAAGAAGAUAAAAAUGGACAUGCGCUUAUCAAUAUUUACUUGUUUUUUGUUGUUUUUUUUCCAUUGAAUUUCCAGUUUCACUUUUCUCAUGAAUUCAACAUUACAAGAAUAAUUAAACUUGAAACUGCAAAAUAUGGUUUGAACGAAUUUUAAGUGUUUUACAGUAUAUGAAUUAUCUGAACUGCUUACUGUUGCCUUUUAAUUUUUCUCUCAGAAUAUGUUUUAGUAUAUCUGUAAGAAUAACAUUCUUUUUAUAUAUGUCAUCUUGUACUCUGUCCAAAUGUAUCAUAUUUGUUUUUACCAGUAUUUUUUAUUUAUAUUUUAACCAUUGUGUCAGUCUUCAAAGAAAAUGUAAUUGUAAUGAGAUGGGUGAAAAAGUUGCUUGUGUGAUGCUCUAUUUAAAUAAGAAUUCUGUUUGUUGUAGACGAUUCUAGAAUUGAAGUGGAUAAUAGUUAUUGCAUUUUGUUUGGUUACUUUCACAAAGUAAAUAUUCAUUGUAAAAUAUUCUUUGUAAACUAUAGAUGAUAAAACUGAAAUAAGUAAAA